AUGUCGGACCUCCCAGAUUACUACUCCAUCCUCGAAAUCGCGCCCAGCGCCACAGAAGAAGAAGUCAAGAGGGCGUACAAGAAGGCAGCCCUUAAGUGGCAUCCCGACCGCGUCUCAGUUGACUCUCCUGAACGACCGAAGCGCACGAAGCGCUUUCAAGCAAUCAACGAUGCAUACUAUACCCUCUCGGAUAAGACGCGCCGGCGCGACUAUGACGAAGCCCGCAAGUUCCACACGGGCAGUACCUUCACCUCCGACGACUCCGCGGACGAAGAAGUGCCCCGACCGCCUGGACAACAGGCCGGUGCCGGGUCCACGCCCUCGUGGUUCAACAUGUUCGGCUUCGGGCGCGGCGGCGGCGGUGGCGGAGACGGCCAGCACAGCCAAUUCGCCGAUCAACAGUUUGAGAGCGCGUUCGAGGAGAUGAUGCACGAGGAUGAUCUGGCGGACGAUAACCACGCGCCCACGAAGCGGUUCUGGACGAUCGUGGGGGGCAUUUCGGGUGGCGCGAUGGGGUUCAUCUUCGGUGACGUCGUGGGGAUGGUGCCCGGGGCUAUUGCGGGGAGCAAGGCCGGUGCUAUACGCGACGCCAAGGGCAAGUCGGUGUAUAAAGUGUUUCAAUCCCUUGAUCAGGGGCAGAAGGCAAGGAUUUUGAGUGAGCUGGCGGCGAAGCUGUUUAGUGGGGCGAUCAGUUGA